AUGGCUCCUAUCAAGAAGGACAUUGACAACCUCUCCAACAUUUUGCGCCUCUUCGGGGACGUCACCGGCCUCACCACAAAUUUCACCAAGAGCUCCGUGGUUCCAAUCCGAUGUAGAGGCAUCAACUUAUCUAGUCUGCUUCAGAACCUUCCGGCGGCCCGUGCAACCUUUCCGCUGAAAUAUUUGGGCCUCCCACUAUCGGUGUGGAAGCUCAAGGCGGUCGACUUCCAGUUCCUGGUGGACAAGGUGGCCUCCAAGUUGGUUCCCUGGGACGGUCAGAACAUCACUUCCAUUGGUCGCGCAACGCUUGUCAAGUCGGUGCUCUCCUCACAGUCACUAUACUUCAUCACCUCCCUCAUUGUUCCGUCAGGCACCCUCCGCAAUGUAAACAAGCUCGAGCGGGCCUUCCUUUGGGCGGGCACGGACAAGACCACUGGUGCAAAAUGCAAAGUAAACUGGGAUUCAAUGUGUCGACCUCUUGGAUUUGGAGGCCUUGGCGUGCUCAACACGGAAAAAUUUGCAAGGGCCCUAAGGCUACGCUGGCUUUGGUUUGAGUGGAAGGAACCAAGCAAGAUGUGGAUUGGGCUAGGGAACCCAUGUGACGAGAUGGACUACAAUCUUUUCUAUGCCUCCACCAACAUUGCCGUGGGAAAUGGGGCACGCACCCCCUUUUGGGAUUCACCUUGGGUCCAUGAUCAAAAGCCAAAGGACAUUGCGCCCCUUCUCUAUGCAUCCUCCAUGCCUCACUUCCGGGAGUCCAUCCGCCUUUGGGCCACCUUGCGUGACAUCCACCUUCAGGAAGAUAUGGAGGAUGAUAUUGUCAGGAAGCACACUGCUAAUGGCGCCUACUCCGCGGCCUCCGCCUACGAUGCCCAAUUUCAAGGCACCAUCCGGUCCCCAUUGAUAUGCACUGUUUGGAAAGCUUGUGCACCGCCGAAGGUGAAAUUUUUCGCUUGGCUCGCCAACCAAAAUAGGAUUUGGACCAAUGACCGGUUGGCAAAACGUGGAUGGGAAAAUUCUGGUCCAUGCCCGCUAUGCAAGCACGCACUAGAGACUGUUGACCACCUCUUGUACAAGUGUCGAUACACGGUCAGAUUGCGGGAAAUGAUAAAGGGAUGGCUGCAGCUCGGACAUCUCGACACCUCCACUUGGCAUCUCUUCCAGUCCACCAACGAUUGGUGGGUGAGUCAAUCUGACAACAACAUUCCAAACAGGAAGGCGAUGGCUUCAUUAACCAGGCUUAUCUCUUGGACAAUCUGGAACGAAAGAAAUGCACGCGUCUUCCGUCAAAAGAGCGCCCCGCCGAUGGUCCUGCUUAGCAAUAUCAAGGUUGAGGCGGCGGUUUGGGUCACUGCAGGUGCCAAACACUUGGGUACUAUGAUGCCGGGAGAGUAA